CGAUUACCUUUCUCUAACCCAGAAAAAUAAACAUAAAAUAAGCCAAACAAAAGAAAUAAAGUUGAGAGAUAGAGAUAAUUACUUCAACACACACACACACAAAUAAUAAAAAAAAUAAAAAAAAAGCUCGUCAAUCAAUCAAUCCACCAAAAUUGAAGCUUUAAUUCUUCACUGUUAAAAUUAUUUUUCCGAUCUUGACUGUUAUCUCCAGCUAUGGAUCCAUUUGAUUUGGUUCGCAAAGGUUUUGGAUAAAGCCUGCUGCCGAAUUUUUAAGUUAGCUUAUGUUAAAGAUCUUUAAUGCAUUUAGAGUAGUUUUUAUUUCCAUUUUGGUAAAGAAAUGAGCUUGUCCAAGAAAGUUUCUCAAUCCAGUGAUACCAAGUUAAAUAUUCCCAACAAGGCAAUUGCUUUGAAUCCAAAUGCAGCAGAAUUUGUUCCCUUUUCCCUCAGGUCUUCAUCUUCUCCAUCUGGAAGUUCAUCGAAUGCGGCAGCUUCAUCAGCAAGGUUUGCUACUUCUGGGACUAUAGGGAAAGCAGUUCUUGAUCGGUCCGAGUCUUCUAUUUCCACUACUUCUGAUGAGGAGGCUCAUCAAUUCUGGCGCCAUCAGCUCCCUGAUGAUAUCACCCCUGACUUUAAGGUCAUGGGUGAAGAUGAAUCUCAGGCACUUGGAGGGCUUUCUUUAGCGGGUCUGUCCUUGCAUGACAGCAAUGAAGUUCCAAAGUUCCCUGCUUCUCUUGGCGGUGGGUAUAUAUUAACCGAGCAACAGGAACCAUCCCCACGGCAUUUAAAUGGUAGCAGCUUCAGUGACAAGAUGAGAUAUGCCAGUGCUAUAGCUUCUUAUGGAGAAGAUCCAACUUCAGCAGUUGGCUAUUCGAAUUUGUCAACUAAGCUUUGGGACAAGCAUAUAGUUACCAAUGAUGAGCUUCUCGGAAAUGGUAGGGAGGUACAUCAAUACAAUGGGAAUUCAAGACCUGGGUUCAUGAAUGAUAUGUUAGGUGAACAUGCAGUAGUCGACGAAACCGAUAUGAACCCUCUGGAGUUUUUGGCCUCCAAUUUCCCUGGAUUUGCUGCUGAAAGCCUUGCUGAAGUUUACUUUGCAAAUGGAUGCGACUUAAAUCUUACGAUGGAGAUGCUUACUCAGCUAGAGCUUCAAGUUGAUGGCGGUUUCAAUCAGAAUAUGAACUCAAAAGCAUUGUCAGCUCCCAAUCUCAGCGCCUUGGACUUUCCAGCACUUCCUGUGCAUGAUAGUCAGAAUAGUCCUUCAAAAUAUGCUGGAGAUGAUAUUCAGCAAAGUGGCAAUCCUUAUCGUUCUUCCGAGAAAGAGAAUUUACUUUUAUUCAAGUCCAGUUCUUCUAUCCCAUCUAGAGCUGGUGCUGUAGAUUUUGCUUCAGCUGUCAGGAAGUUGGCAUCUCAAGAUUCCGGCAUAUGGAAGUACGAAAGAAAUGGUUCUGCUGAUUCAACUGUUGGUUCAAGCAGAAGCUCUCAUGUGUUAGCUAGCGCGUAUAGUAGUGGGAAUGGGAGAAGCAUUUAUUCAGACCGGGUGCAAAAUCGUGGCUCAGCUCGAGCAGCUCCUGUCUGGCUUGAAACUGGAGAAGCAGUGGCAAAUAUGUACUCCGGGUUGCGGGAAGAAGCUCGUGAUCAUGCACGAUUAAGGAAUGCCUAUUUUGAACAGGCACGACAAGCAUACCUCAUUGGAAACAAGGCUGUAGCCAAGGAACUGAGUGUGAAAGGACAGCUGCACAAUAUGCAUAUGAAAGCAGCUCAUGAAAAGGCUCACGAAUCUAUAUAUCGCAUGAGGAACCCAGUUAGUCCCGAGAUGCAGGGAAAUGGGAGAGGACAUGAGCGGAUGAUAGACCUUCACGGUUUACAUGUAAGUGAAGCAAUCCAUGUGCUAAAGCACGAACUUAGUGUUCUGAGGAGCACAGCUCGAGCUGCAGAUCAGCGCCUGCAGGUUUAUAUCUGUGUUGGGACAGGUCAUCACACGAGGGGUUCCCGCACUCCAGCGAGACUCCCAACUGCUGUUCAGCAAUAUUUGCUUGAAGACGAGGGACUUGACUACAGUGAACCACAGCCGGGGCUGCUUCGAGUUGUGAUCUACCCAGACAUGUUCAUUCAAUCCAAUCUCAAACCCAAACCCAGACCCUCCAUCUCCUUUCUAUUCUCCUCUAUUUUCCAUUUCUCUUCCACAUCUCUACCUUCCUCACACUCCUCCUCUUCCUCCCAACACUUCACUCUCCUACGCGCCGCCGUCUCCGCCUCCAAUUUAUCCCUCGGAAAAUGCAUCCAUUCAAACAUUAUCACCUCCGGCCUCGCCUCAGAUUGCUUCUUGACCAACAAUCUCAUCACCAUGUAUUCAAAGUGCGGCUCUAUCUCGUCUGCACGCCAGGUGUUCGAUAGAACUCCUGAACGGGAUCUUGUUACUUGGAAUGCCAUUCUAGCUGCUUAUGCGCGAUCAGAUGAGCCCGUAAUUGAUAAUGUUUCUGAGGGUUUCCGUGUUUUUCGCCAACUCAGAGAGUGCUUUGUUUGUACUAGUAAGUUGACUCUGGCUCCGGUGCUUAAACUGUGUUUGGUUUCUGGGUCUGUUUGUACUUCCCAGGCUGUUCAAGGGUAUGCGGCAAAACUUGGUUUGGUAUGGGAUGAAUUUGUAUCCGGGGCGUUGAUUAAUAUUUAUUCGAAAUUUGGGUUAGUUAAGGAGGCUAGAGAAUUGUUUGACAGGGUGCAAGAGAGGGAUGUGGUUUUAUGGAAUGUAAUGCUCAAGGCAUAUGUGGAAAUGGGUUUAGUGAUAGAGGGGCUUCUUUUCUUUUCGGAGUUUCACCGGAGUAGUUUGCGUCCUGAUGAUGCUAGUGUGCGCUGUAUUCUUAAUGGGAUAUCUGAGGUUGGUAAUGGUUUAGAUGUAGGAAAGAUGUAUAUGGAGCAGAUUCAGGCUUAUGCGACUAAAUUAUUUUUCUAUAAUGAUAGUUCAAAUGUGGUUAUUUGGAAUAAGAAAAUGUCUGACUGUAUCCAAGCUGGUGCAUUUCGAUCUGCUGUGGAUUGUUUUACUAAAAUGGUUAGAUCGUCACAUGUGAGAUUUGAUGAUGUGACGUUGGUUGUUGUUCUGGCUGCAGCUACUGGUACUGGUGACCUAAAGUUAGGACAGGGAAUCCAUGGUAUGAUUUUGAAAUCUGGUUUUGAAAAUAUAGUUUCUGUUGCUAACAGUCUUAUCAACAUGUAUUCAAAGAUAGGGUUUGUCUCUCUUGCAAAUAAAGUGUUUACUGGCAUGAAUGAGUUAGAUUUAAUUUCAUGGAACUCUAUGAUAUCAUGCUAUGCACAGAAUGGUUUAGAGGAGUCCUCGGUGAAUCUACUUAUUGGUCUAUUACGUGAUGGCCUUCAACCAGACCAUUUCACACUGGCCAGCGUGCUGAGGGCUUGUUCCUCACUUACAGAGGGGUUGUUUCUUAGCAAGCAGAUUCAAGUUCAUGCCAUAAAAACCGCUAUAAUUACCGAUAGUUAUGUCUCAACUGCUCUAAUAGAUGUUUAUUCUAGAAGUGGAUCAAUGGAAGAGGCAGAGUUUCUUUUUGAGAAUAAAAGUAAAUUUGAUUUGGCGACAUGGAAUGCAAUGAUGUUUGGAUACGUAAUCUGUGGUGAUAGUCAUAAAAGUUUGGAACUUUUAUGUUUGAUGCAUGAAAAGGGGGAAACUUUUGACGAAAUCACAUUAGCAACUGCUUCUAAAGCAUGCGGUGGGCUGGUAAGUUUGGAACAGGGAAAGCAAAUUCACGCUCUUGCUAUAAAAUUUGGUCUAGACUCGGACCUAUUUCUCAGCAGCGGCAUACUUGAUAUGUACAUUAAAUGUGGAGACAUGGCAGAUGCACACUUGUUAUUUAACAACAUCCCUCUGCCUGAUGAUGUUGCAUGGACAUCUAUGAUUUCAGGAUGUCUCGAAAAUGGAGAUGAGGAUCGCGCACUAUCUGUAUACCAUCAGAUGCGGCUCUCUGGAGUCUUACCCGAUGAAUAUACUUUUGCUACCCUUAUCAAGGCCUGCUCUUGUCUAACAGCAUUGGAGCAAGGAAGACAAAUUCAUGCAAAUGUGAUCAAGCUUGACUGUACAUCCGAUACGUUUGUCGGGACUUCACUCAUUGAUAUGUAUGCCAAAUGUGGGAAUAUCGAAGAUGCUUACUCUUUAUUCAAAAAAAUGGAUACUGUCCGAAACAUUGUGUUGUGGAACGCCAUGUUGGUGGGUCUAGCUCAACACGGACAUGGCGAUGAAGCUCUUCAUUUAUUUGACAUUAUGAACUCUCAUAAUAUUCAACCUGACAAAGUUACCUUUAUUGGCGUCCUUUCUGCCUGUAGCCAUUCUGGCCAUGUUUCUGAAGCGUAUAGCCAUUUUCAUUCGAUGCAGACAGAUUAUGGUAUUGACCCUGAAAUUGAGCACUAUUCUUGCCUUGCUGAUGCUCUAGGCCGUGCAGGACGUCUUCAAGAAGCAGAGAAGCUAAUAUCAUCAAUGCCCUUCCAACCUUCUGCUUCAAUGUACAGAGCCUUACUAGGCGCUUGUCGCGUUCUGAACGAUAUGGAUACUGGAAAAAAACUGGCAGAAAAGCUAAUAACCUUGGAGCCAUCCGAUUCAUCAGCAUACGUUUUAUUAUCAAAUAUUUUCGCGUCUACCGACCAAUGGGACAGUGUAACUAAAGCCAGAACAACAAUGCAGAGAAAGAACGUAAAGAAGGAUCCCGGGUUUAGUUGGAUAGAUGUGAAGAACACGAAGCAUUUGUUUGUCGUCGAAGAUCGAUCACAUCCCGAGACUGGUUUAAUAUACAGUAAAGUGGAGGAAAUGAUGAAGAGGAUCAAAGAAGAAGGGUAUGUUCCUGAUAAAGACUUUGUGCUUGUAAAUGUGGAAGAAGAAGAAAAAGAGCGGUGUCUAUAUUAUCAUAGUGAGAAGCUAGCCAUUGCAUAUGGACUUCUUACAACUCCUCCGACCAGCAGGCUUAGAGUCAUUAAAAACCUCCGUGUCUGCGGUGAUUGUCAUAAUGCGAUCAAGUUCAUAUCGAAGGUUUAUGAACGGGAGAUUGUGGUGAGAGAUGCAAAUCGGUUUCAUUGUUUCAAAGGUGGAAGCUGCUCUUGUGGUGAUUAUUGGUGACUCGGUAUACUUGUCUAUUGACUGAAGGGGUUGUCUUUCCCAUGUCUUGUCUUUCCUAUGAGGAAGACGAUUCAACUUAUUGGGAGGGCGAAGUUGGCAUAGAGAAGACGAACCAGUUGCGGGUUGGAGAUGGACGGUGUCAUGGUCGGAGAUGUUUUAAUGUCGGAAUGAGUUUGAUGGUUUUUAUAUUUUUAAAAAUAUUUAUUAAAUUUAUUGUGUAUUUAUUAAAUUUAUUUAUUUUAGUUAAAGGAAUUAAGAAUUCAUUUUAGUUUUAAA